UAAUAGCCUGUGCAUGGAAGGAGGCCUCCCCCCACCCCCACCUCACCCGCCCCCCUGACUCCCCCUCUCCGGACAGCGCCCCGGUGCAUUGUGGGCGCAGUCCGUUGUUCAUUUGCCAUUCGACCUCAGCGAGGGCCGUGCAGGGGGAGAGAUGCGUCCCUAGGCGCCAUCUGUUUCCUACACGCAAACCGAACGGAGGAACGCGCUUGUAGUACGGACGGAGCUGGGGCUGCCCAGUAGCCGCUCGGUGACCGGAGGGGGCGGUUGUUGUACUUCCCAGAAGCCCCUGCGCGGCGGUGCGGGCAGGCACACUCACAGGCACCCCACACAGGCGGGACGCGUGGUGGCCCCCGGCAGGAGGUGGCAGGUUGGGAAGCCGUAAAACAUGGCGGAGAUGAACCGCAGGACUUUGGCCUUCCGGGGAGGCGGCGGCGGCCUGUCCACAGCGGGGACCCCCGUGAACAAUAACAACAACAAUGGCGUCGGCUCAGGGGUCCUGUCUAUGGAGGAAGCCGCGGCCUGGUCCAUGCGGCAGAUGAACGGAGGGGGGGCCGGCGGGGAGGAAGAAGUAGAAGUGGAGCUAGACGCGGAGGGCCUGCUGGAGGAUGACGAAGAGGAGACCGAGGCCUACCCGGGAGUGGUGCUGGGAAGCCGGCUAGAGCAGCGAGCCGGUACGGGAGGCAGUAAUACGGCUGCGGGGCAGGGGGGCUCGGUAAGCGGGGAAAGCAGUGACGAAGAGGACGACGAAGAAGAGGACGACGACGAGGAGGAAGAAGAGGCAGUGCCAGGCGGCGGGGAGCAGGCCGAGAAGGGGGAGCCGGGAGAGGAGGAAGAAGAAGAAGACUGCGCCAUUCAGGGUGAUGGCACCCGGCGUUUCGGCCUGUUCCCGGCUGCCCGCCCCCAGUCCCUGCUGCCCAGCCUGCACUGCUCCUUCCAGGGCUCCUGGCUGCACGAAUUCGAAUGGCUUCGUUUCUGCCAAGAGACCGGCCUCAUGUCCUGCGCCUGGUGCCACAGGGAGGAGGGAGGGAGCCCCGGGCGCGACGAGCUGUCCAAGGGCACUCGCAACUACAAGCGGGCCGCGCUGCUCCGCCACAGCCUCACCGCCCGGCAUCGCAUCAACGACCCAGCUGCUCAGGAGCCUGACGAGAAGCAGGAAGUGUCCCAGUCGCUUGGUGACUACAGUACUAGGCCAAAUGAGAAUUCCUACUGCUACCAGCUGCUGCAAGAAUUAAAUGACCAGAGGAAGAAAGGGAUUUUUUGUGAUGUCAAUAUAGUGGUAAAUGGCAAAGUUUUCAGAGCUCAUAAGAAUAUCUUGGUUGCAGGCAGCCGCUUUUUUAAAACCCUAUACUGUUUUACAAACAAAGAGAGCCGUGACCAAACCACUGUUACUUAUUUAGACGUUGUUGCUGUUCAUGGCUUUUCAGUCAUCUUGGACUUUAUGUACUCUGGCAAUCUUGUGCUCACUAGCCAAAAUGCCAUUGAAGUGAUGACAGUUGCCAGCUACCUGCAGAUGACUGAAGUUGUUCAGUCCUGCCGUAAUUUCAUCAAAGAUGCCUUGAAUAUCAGUACAAAGUCAGAAGCUCCAGAAGCCGUUGUGGUAAACUAUAACAAAAGGAAAAGUAAAGACGGACUCGCACACAAGGAUUCAAAAGUUGCUAGCUUCUGGGCAACCCACAAUCUCACUAAUUUGGCUACCAAUGCAAAGGUAGAUAAUGAUGGAUUUAAUCUUGAUGAGACACCGACUGAAAACUUCCAAGCUAAUGACUCUGCUUGGAUUCAGGAUAGCUCCCCUGAAGUGACUGAAAUUGAGCCCCAAGCUCAGGGCAAAGUGUUUGUGUGGAAUGACAUGGGUUCCAACUCCAUUGCUGUGCAAGAGCCGAGCAAGCCAAGAAGAAAAAACCAAACUACAAAGCGAUUUGUUUAUAACAUCCCUCCAAACAAUGAACUUCAAGUGGACGGUAACACAAUGCUGCAGCAGUCGGUUUCCUAUCCAGAGGAGGAUGUGCAGUGCUUUCAGGAUGGAGCAGGGACCUCAAAUGAAUUUAAAUUUGGUAUGUUCCCUGAAUCGUGGACAAGAGAAUCUUGGGAAAAUGGAGAUGCAUCAUCAGGGUUAAUGAAUAAGUUAAAAUGUCCUCAUUGCAAUUAUGUAGCAAAGUACAGAAGGACACUAAAACGACACUUACUGAUACACACCGGAGUAAGAUCUUUUAGUUGUGACAUCUGUGGAAAGCUGUUUACCCGAAGAGAGCAUGUAAAAAGACAUUCCUUGGUGCAUAAAAAAGAUAAAAAAUAUAAAUGCAUGGUGUGCAAGAAGAUCUUCAUGCUUGCGGCUAGUGUAGGGAUUCGACACGGCUCUCGGCGCUAUGGAGUUUGUGUAGACUGUGUGGAUAAAUCUCAACCAGGGCUGCAAGAAGCAGGCAUUGAUCCAGUGGGAGAUGCAGAUUUUCCCAGGGAUGAAGAAUAUGAUGACAAUGAUCCCGUAGAAGCUGUCGAUGCUGAUGAUGAUCUAGUGGAUGAUGGUGAAGACCCGAAUGAUUCUCGGUGGUCAGAGCAAAAUGAUCAGUCCCGCUGGGGAGAACAGAACAAUCCAUCUCAGUGGGACCGACCGAAACACCAGCCCCGAUGGGAUGAGUCAGGAGAUGUUUGUAUGACAAUAGAUGACUGACUGCCAACUGGCUUCUAAAUAAAGGGUGCUUCAGCGGGACAGAAAGCUAAAAUUUGUUUGCUGAAACAUAUUGGACUGAAGGGUUACAAAACAUGGUACCGUUCUGGACAGUGGGUGUUGCUGUGAAAACUGUAGGGGGUCAAAUCCUUAUAGCAAAAAAAAACUUUCUUUUGUUUUCCUUUUAUUUUAAUAUUUGCACAGGACUAUACAGAAUCCAACCGUUUUGGUUGAACUAUACAGAGUCCUCACAUCUCCAAUCAGUUAUCAAAGAAAUGUAUUUUUAUUUAUAGGAUAUAGCUAUGUUGGUCCUAUCAAAGCAUAAAAAACUACUAUUGUAAUGUUAUUCAUGUAUUGGAAGAGUUAGAAUGUACAGAUAAGAUGGUGAAUCGAGAUAUGAAUGUGAUGUGACUCUACAGUAGCUGAGAGCCCUCAUUAGUUACUGGCACCUGUAAUUGCAAUUUACCAACAGAACAUUCUGCAUCCUUGUUCUCAAAGGGACUGAUCAUCUUUUAGUUUGCUCCAAUAGGAACAGACUUGGCAUGGGCUACGUUAUGCAGCAUUAUUUAUAUGAAUAUUUAUAUUUUAUAUAUUUUGGUAUAGAAACCUCUUCCCUGUGGCUCCUAAGAAGAUAUAGUAGGCUCCUUAUCAUUUUGUAAAUGUAUCCACCAGUGGCCUUGAGUAAUCUGCAUUGGUGUCAAGAAAAUGGACUCUUGCUCUUUGGAAGUGAACCUACCAUUCAUAUUCUCAAGCAUCACCUUAGUGCAUCCCAUUAAUGUCAUAAAACAGAAUGCAGCUGGCUACCAUUGGAAGAGAGCAGACUGUUGCCAUUGUGGCCACCCAAGCUGUGUACUUUUUAAAACUUGCUAACUUGCCAUUUCGGCUCUUGCUGGAGCAAACUUUGUUUCAAUGCAUGGUUUCCCCAUAAAGCUAAGAUGCAGGCAGGCUUCUGAUAGGGUGUUGGGUGAGUGUUGAUUUAUUAUUAUUAUUUUUUUUUUUUUAUAGAGCAUCUAUAAUGGUUGAAAAGGAUAAAUUUAAGUUAAUUUAAAAGAGCAGUGCUAGCUUUAUAUCACAUUUCCCUUCUGUAGAGUCCCCCUUUUUUGAAAUGAUUCACUUAUUUUUUAAGUUAAAUUAUUUUUUUUUUUAAAAUCACUUAUGUGUAAAUUUCUUCCUGUCAGGUUGAGUAUGCGUUAUUUUUUCCCCAUCACGUUUGGUGAUGUCACGAACUAGAGAAAGUUGCAAAUAUUUAAUCAAUAGGGCAGUUUUAUAAAUGUGUUAGCCAUCAUUUGGGGGUUGCUGAAUACCAGUAGUCCCAAGUCCAUUGAGGCUACAGCAUUUGUUUCUGUUUCAGUGAUAUCCCCCAAAGUUUUGCUGCUUUAAUUCUCCAUUUACAUUCUGUGCGGCCAAUGCCAGACUAUAGCUCUGAAUGAUCCUGUGAUGGAGGCUCUUACAGUUAAUAAGUUGUGAUAAGCGUGCUAGAUUCCAUGCAUUUCUCGCUUCCCUACAGCCUAGUGAUUUAUAUACUGCCAUUCUUCAGCAUAUAUGGUUAGUUAACAUUUCUCGGGUACCAUUCCUUCAUACAAAUGCAUACAAUGUACAUUUCAGUCAUCAGGACAGCAAACAAUGUGAAUGGGUUAGGAUCAGUGCAGACCAAGGGGUUUUUCUUUUUCUCUAUGAACGUCCUGAGUAUUUCUGUUUUCAUGAAGGUUAUAUGAAUUUCAUUUAAAUCCUGGGAAGUUUUCACAAGCUAUUUCUCUUCUCUGCGAGGAUUCAGGCACUUUCUUCAAAUCUAUACAGUUCUACAGUUUCACUUUCUGUUGCUAAUUGAACCCAUUUCAUUUCCCAGGCGCUCUUCAAAAUUCAUGCUCAACCUGGUAGUCACCGGCUGCCAGUUAGGUUUGCGCAGAUUUCUGGCAAACCUAUGAGUACUGUUUAAUGUUGGUAACCGUAUUUCCAGCUUUGUAUCAUUUUUUUCCCUGUUUUUAUAAAAGAAUUGAAUUAAAUUGUGCUAGCGAUUUUGAAAUUUUUAUGUCGACUACCAGGCGAUUCUAAGUGCUCACACUUCUAAUGUUAAAUAAAUGCUUUGUCACUGUCCCUUUUUCUCUAUAGGAUUGUAAUAUAUACAUGGAGAGAAUCAGCAGCUUUUAUUUAUUUAUUUCCCUUUGCAAUGGCAAAAGGGAAAACAGAAUUCUUCAUUGUGGGUUGUAUGAAAAAUGUUGCCUUCAGAAUUAUGAUUUAUUAUUAUUUUUUUAGCUUGCGGGGGGGGGGGGGGGGUAAAUGUAGCCAUGGUACUAUUUGAAUUCCCUUCCCAAAAAUUAGCUUUUUCACACUGAAACUUGAGUGCAGCAAAGUCUACCAGUGUGUCAAUGCUCCCAUAGGCACCUGAGGGAAAAGUCACCAUGGGACAGAAAUUGCAUUCAUUUGCGUGUCCUGCGCUUUCCUAAAUGUCACUGCUGCUUUUAUAGCUCAGCGUUUUGCUGCUAGGUAAAGAAACGAGGCAAUUUAUAAUUUAUCUGUGUAUGGUGCAAGCAGCCCCUCUAAAUUAAGUUUAAUUUAAUCAUUGGAAUAUCAGGAAUUUUUGCUAACUGCAUUUUAUCUUUUAUCUUUUUUUUUUUGAACGCUUAAUACCUCCUGAAAUUUCAAAAAUUCUUUAAGUAAUGUGUUUUUUUUUUUCUGGUGGGGUCCAAUGUAGGUUUAGUUUAUUAAAAGGUGAAAGAAACAGAGUAUUUUAAACGUAAAAAAUUUAUGUUUUUGCUUUGUUAAUAUGUAAUUAGAGUAUAUGUCUUCUGUUCCAACUCCCCCAUCUCAUCUAUUUCCUCUAAGAAUAGCCCCCUGUAGACUUUCAAUAUAUACAUAUAUAUUCUAAUAUAUACAUUUCACAAAGAUUUGCUUUUAUUAGGAACAGACUCACUAAAUGCUUAGGAACUGGACCUGGCUUUAAAUUCUAUUGUGCAUUACUUUUUUCACAAGAUAUAAACUUAUUUCUCUUGAAACUGAAUUCUUUUACUACUUCAAUCAUUUAUGUAUAUUCGAUAAAUUAUGACCAAAUGUGAUGUUAGAUUGCAUACAGUAAAUUUAAAUAUACACUUGGUACACUA